AUGAUCCUUUUGACGUUUCUUGUGGUUCUUCUUGUGACUGAGAAUAAUGCUGGCAAGUGUUCGAGAACAUUGACAACUGCCGGGGGAUACUGUGCCUUGCCGUUCACCUACAAGGGUGUGGUAUACAGGAGCUGCACUACCAAAGAUCACAACCGUCCCUGGUGCUCUACGACAUCUAAAUACAACAGUGAUAAAAUGUGGGGAAACUGUGCAGGGUUCACGUCUUCCGGAGUAAAAACAACCUCGAGAGAAUACUGUGUCUUUCCAUUCAUUUUCGAAGAUGUGGUGUACAAGAGCUGUACUUCCAAGGGCCAACAUCGUCCCUGGUGCUCUACAACAGUCAACUUCGACAAAGAUGAAAAGCGGGGAAACUGUGCGGGUUUCGCCUCAUCUGGCGUGAAGACACUUGAUGGAGAGUACUGUGUCUUUCCCUUUACGUAUUUUGGAGUAGAGUACAAAAGCURUAUUACCAAGAAUAGAAGCAGCCCUUGGUGUUCUACUACAGCUAAAUACAACAAGGACUACAAGAGUGGAACGUGUGCAGGAUUUUAUUCCGGUGUGAAAACCACCUCAGGUGAAGGCUGUGCUUUUCUUUUCGUCUAACGGGGACAUAGCUACAACACGUGUAUUACGAAAAACCACAGCCGUCGUUGGUGUGCUACCACUACAAACUACGACAAGGACAAGAAAUGGGGCAACUGUGCCUAAGUAAGUUCACAGAUCUUCUUCAAGAGAUUACCGGAUCGUGUGGUUAGAUCGAC